AUGUCAAACACACGCGAAUGCAGCCUCAUUGUGCCGUGGGUUUAUGACACUGCGUUAUGGCUGCUUUCAAUACUGGUCGAUCUAUUCUUUCGUGAGAUCCAUCCCAGAGGAGCUUGGAGAGUGCCUCGAAAGGGACCCAUUAUCGUGGUGGCUGCACCUCAUGCAAAUCAGUUCGUCGAUCCCCUCAUUCUGAUGCGCGUUCUGCGCAGAGAUGCAAACCGACGAGUGUCAUUCCUGAUAGCGGAGAAAUCCAUGAAGAGAAGAUUCAUUGGCACAGCAUCUGCGGCUGUGGGAGCACUUCCCGUGGCCCGCGCCCUCGAUAGUGUCAAGGCGGCCAAGGGUCGAAUCUACCUUGCCAAUCCUGAGGACGACCCCACCUUGAUCCAUGGCAUUGGUACUGACUUUAAGAGUGGAGACGUCGAGGUCGGAGGUCUCAUUGUGUUGCCCAAGAUCAGAGGUCAAACACCAAGCACGGAGAUUGCAGAAAUUAUAUCCCCAACGGAACUGCGCUUGAAAAAGCCUUUUAAGACGCCCGAAGCUCUCGAAUCUCUUGCCGGCAAAGCCAGUCCUAGCGAUGAAGGUGCUUCAGGGAAUUCACCGAGCGGCGACUCGGAUACCCGGGGCACUACCUUUAAGGUGGCCCCACAUGUUGAUCAAACCAAAGUCUACGAUCGAGUUUUUGAAGAUCUCCGAGCUGGUGGAUGUAUUGGGAUUUUCCCUGAAGGGGGCAGCCAUGACAGACCUGAUCUUCUUCCUCUGAAAGCCGGGGUGGCCAUCAUGGCUCUUGGGGCAUUGGCUGCGGACCCCGAUUGCGGUUUGAAGAUCAUCCCCUGUGGAAUGAAUUACUUUCAUGCGCACAAGUUCCGUUCGCGGGCAGUCAUUGAAUUUGGACAUCCCAUUGAACCUCAUCCAGAUCAGAUCGAGGCUUACAAGAAAGGUGACAGGAGGAACGCGGUGGGAUCCCUUCUGGAAACUGUCUACCAAGGACUGGUUGCGGUGACACAGACAAGUCCAGACUAUGAGACCUUGAUGUUGGUGCAGGCGGCAAGAAGACUAUACAAUCCUACCGGCAAGAAGCUUCCGUUGCCUCUGGUGGUAGAGCUCAAUCGGAGACUGGUCAAAGGCUAUACGCAGUAUCAGGACGACGAACGGAUCGUGCAACUCAAGAAAGCCGUCAACGAUUAUAACCGCUCGCUGAGCUCGUUGGGUCUUCGAGAUCAUCAGGUCGAAUGGGGAAACGUACAAAGGAGACCGUGGUAUAUCAUUCUUGGAACUUUGAUCUACCGUCUGGGCAAACUGCUUAUCCUCAGCAUCGGCACGCUUCCUGGCUUAGCAAUGUUCUGGCCUGUCUUUGUGACCACCAAGUUGAUAUCGAUGAAAAAGUCCAAGGAAGCUCUCGCCGCUUCGUCAGUCAAGCUUCAAGGACGUGACGUGAUUACGACAUGGAAACUGCUGGUCGCACUGGCAUUUGCUCCUGCUCUUUACGUCUACUAUACGGCCAUUGUGUCGGUCUGGCUCUACUACAAUCGUGUCGAUGGUUAUUACACGAACCGAGUUCCUCAGUGGAUGAUUGCCAGAACAUACAUUCCUGACUGGGUGCCUCUGUGGAUGUUCGCGAUCUUCUUCCUCAUGUUGUGCACAUCCAUCACCUUUGCAGCACUACGGAUUGGUGAGAUUGGAAUGGACAUCGUCAAAUCUCUGCCACCUCUGUUUGUGGCGCUAAACCCAUCAUCAUCCAACACCUUGGUCCGACUCCGAGCCCGGCGCGAACAGCUUUCUGCUGCAGUCACCGAGCUCAUCAACACCCUGGGCCCGGAGGUGUUUCCAGAUUUCGACGCGGAGCGCAUUGUUGCCGAUCCCUUUCGCGAAGGGGCUUAUCAAUCCAAACUCAAGCGCAUGGACCGUGAAACGGCCAGUGAGCCCUCCACGCCCACUGAGAUUGAAGGUGACGAUCGUCCAAGCUCCCCAACUGGCAAAAGCUUUGGGCUCCUUCCACGCAACGAGUCUUUCCAGAAUCUGGGUGGCUUUGGCUUCUUUGCCACGCGGCCACCGAGUCGAAGCCGCAGCCGGAACAGCUCGACGGGUGAUCUCGCCAUGUCAGGCUCUAUGCCUAUCAAGGCGUUCAGCUCCUUGGAUCAUAAAGAAAGCUUUGACGAAGUGACGAGAAGGAUCAGGGGCGCGAUGCAAGAGCGAGGCAAGGAGAGAAGUCGAAGGCAGAGCGAAGGGGAGAGUAGCUGGGAUAUGGCAAGCUCCGGGGCAGCGACGCCAGGGAGUGAGGAGGACAAGAAGCAUCAAUAG